CACCCACCCUCGGUCAGGAAAUGUGAGCGGGGCUGAUGGAAGCUGAUAGGCAGGACCGGAGUGUUAGCACCAGCAGUGGAGGUGACAGCAGGCAGAGGAGCACUUAGCAGCUUAUUCAGUGUCCGGUUCGGAUUCCGGCAAGGAUCCAAGCAUGGAAUGCUGCCGUCGGGCAACUCCUGGCACACGGCUCCUGGUUCUGGCUUUCCUACUCCUGAGCUCCAGGACUGCACGCUCAGAGGAGGACCCGGAUGGCCUCUGGGAUGCCUGGGGCCCAUGGAGCGAGUGUUCCCGCACCUGUGGUGGAGGUGCCUCUUACUCCCUGCGACGAUGCCUCAGUAGCAAGAGCUGUGAAGGACGAAAUAUUCGAUAUAGAACAUGCAGCAAUGUGGAUUGCCCACCAGAAGCAGGUGACUUCCGAGCACAGCAAUGCUCAGCCCAUAACGAUGUGAAGCAUCAUGGCCAGUUUUAUGAAUGGCUUCCAGUUUCCAAUGACCCUGACAACCCAUGUUCGCUCAAGUGCCAAGCCAAAGGAACAGCCCUGGUUGUUGAGCUAGCACCGAAGGUCCUAGAUGGUACACGUUGCUACACAGAAUCUUUGGAUAUGUGCAUCAGUGGUUUAUGCCAAAUCGUUGGCUGCGACCAUCAGCUGGGAAGCACCGCCAAGGAGGAUAACUGUGGUGUCUGCAACGGAGAUGGGUCCACCUGUCGGCUGGUUCGAGGGCAGUAUAAAUCCCAACUCUCUGCAACUAAAUUGGACGAUACAGUGGUUGCCAUUCCAUAUGGAAGUCGACACAGCCGCCUUGUCUUAAAAGGACCAGAUCAUUUGUAUCUGGAAAUCAAAACCCUCCAAGGUGUUAAAGGUGAAAACAGUCUCAGUUCUACAGGCACCUUUCUUGUGGACAAUUCUAGUGUGGACUUCCAGAAAUUUCCAGACAAAGAGAUACUGAGAAUGGCUGGACCACUGACGGCAGAUUUCAUUGUCAAGAUCCAUGACUCAGGGCCCGCAGACAGCACAGUCCAGUUCAUCUUCUAUCAGCCUAUCAUCCAUCGAUGGAGAGAGACAGAUUUCUUUCCUUGCUCAGCAACCUGUGGAGGAGGUUACCAGCUGACAUCGGCUGAGUGUUAUGAUCUCCGGAGCAACCGUGUAGUUGCGGAUCAGUACUGUCACUAUUACCCAGAGAAUAUCAAGCCCAAACCCAAGCUUCAGGAGUGCAACUUGGAUCCUUGUCCAGCCAGUGACGGAUACAAGCAGAUCAUGCCUUAUGACCUCUACCAUCCCCUUCCUCGGUGGGAGGCCACCCCAUGGACCGCGUGCUCCUCCUCCUGUGGGGGGGGCAUCCAGAGCCGGGCAGUUUCCUGUGUGGAGGAGGACAUCCAGGGGCAUGUCACGUCAGUGGAAGAGUGGAAAUGCAUGUACACCCCUAAGAUGCCCAUCGUGCAGCCCUGCAACAUUUUUGACUGCCCUAAAUGGCUGGCACAGGAGUGGUCUCCGUGCACAGUGACAUGUGGACAGGGCCUCAGGUACCGUGUGGUCCUCUGCAUUGACCAUCGAGGAUUGCACACGGGAGGCUGCAGUGCAAAGACAAAGCCCCACAUCAAAGAGGAAUGCAUCAUACCUACCCCCUGCUACAAGCCUAAAGAGAAACUUCCUGUUGAGGCCAAGCUGCCAUGGUACAAGCAAGCUCAAGAGCUAGAAGAAGGAGCAGCUGUGUCGGAAGAGCCCUCGUUCAUCCCAGAGGCUUGGUCCACCUGUUCAGUCACUUGUGGUGUGGGGACCCAGGUGCGAAUAGUCAGGUGCCAGGUGCUCCUGUCUUUCUCUCAGUCGGUGGCGGACCUGCCUGUUGAUGAGUGUGAAGGACCCAAGCCGGCAUCCCAACGUGCUUGUUACGCAGGACCAUGCAACGGGGAAAUUCCUGAGUUUAAUCCAGAUGUCACAGACAGGCUCUUGGGUGGCCUGCAGGAUCUUGAAGAGCUGUAUGACUGGGAGUAUGAGGGAUUCACCAAGUGCUCUGAGUCCUGUGGAGGAGGUGUCCAGGAGGCUGUGGUGAGCUGCCUGAACAAACAGACCCGGGAGCUUGCUGAUGAGAACCUGUGCGUGACCAGCCGCCGGCCCCCACAGCUCCUGAAAUCUUGCAAUUUGGAUCCCUGCCCAGCAAGGUGGGAAAUUGGCAAGUGGAGUCCAUGUAGUCUUACCUGUGGGGUUGGCCUUCAGACCAGAGAUGUCUUCUGCUCCCACUUACUUUCCAAAGAAAUGAAUGAAUUGGUAAUCCUGGCUGAUGAGCUGUGUCACCACCCCAAGCCCAACACAGUACAAGCUUGCAACCGUUUCCAUUGCCCCCCAGCCUGGUAUCCUGCACAAUGGCAGCCGUGUUCCAGGAGCUGUGGAGGAGGCGUUCAGAAACGUGAGGUUCUUUGCAAGCAACGCAUGGCUGAUGGCAGUUUCCUGGAACUUCCUGAGACCUUCUGUUCUGCUUCCAAACCAACAUCUCAGCAAGCCUGCAAGAAAGAUGACUGCCCCAGUGAAUGGCUUCUCUCAGAGUGGACCGAGUGUUCCACCAGCUGUGGGGAGGGCACCCAGACCCGAAGUGCCAUUUGCCGGAAGUUGCUGAAAACCGGGAUCUACACUGUGGUCAACUCCACCCUGUGCCCACCCUUGCCUUUCUCUUCCUCCAUCAGGCCCUGCAUGCUGGCAGCCUGUGCCAGGCCUGGGCGGCCAUCCACAAAGCACAGCCCUCACAUCGCGGCCGCCAGGAACGUCUACAUCCAGACCCGCAAGCAGAGGAAGCUGCACUUCGUGGUGGGAGGAUUCGCCUACCUGCUCCCCAAGACGGCCGUGGUGCUGCGCUGCCCGACGCGCAGGUUCCGCAAACCCCUCAUCACCUGGGAGAAAGAUGGCCAGCACCUCAUCAGCUCCGCGCACGUCACCGUGGCCCCUUUCGGCUACCUGAAGAUCCAUCGGCUGAAACCCUCGGACGCGGGCAUCUACACCUGCUCUGCGGGGCCUGCCCGGGAGCAGUUCGUGAUUAAACUCAUCGGAGGCAACCGCAAGCUGGUGGCCCGGCCCCUGGGCCUGCCAAGCGAAGAGGAAGCUUUCCUGGUAAGAAAGUCCAACCCCAAAGAGGCCUUGCACACCCACAAACACCAAAACGGCAUCUUCUCCAACGGCAGCAAGGCUGAGAAGCGGGGUCUCACUGCCGACCCCGGGAGCCGCUACGAUGACCUGGUCUCCCGGCUGCUGGAACAGGGAGGCUGGCCGGGAGAGCUCUUGGCCUCCUGGGAGGCGCAGGACUCCAUGGAAAGGAACGCGUCCUCCGAGGAAGAUCCCAGCACGGAGCAGGUCCUCCUGCAUCUCCCCUUCACCAUGGUGACCGAGCAGAAGCGCCUGGAUGACAUCCUCAGGAACCUGUCCCAGCAGCCCGAGGAGCUCCGAGACGUCUACAGCAAACAUCUGGUGGCCCAGCUGGCCCAGGAGAUCUUCCGCAGCCACCUCGAGCACCAGGACACGCAGCUCAAGCCCUCGGAGCAGAGGUUUCCUCCUGUGGCCAUCCCCCCUCAUAAGCAUGUGUCUGGCUUCACCAGCUCCCUGAGGACCUCCUCUGGCGAGGCUGGGGCCGGCUCUCGUAGGCCACACCGAAAGCCCACCAUCUUGCGAAAGAUCUCAGCUGCCCAACAGCUCUCUGCCUCGGAGGUGGUCACUCACCUGGGGCAGACUGUGGCUCUGGCCAGCGGUACACUGAGUGUGCUGCUGCACUGUGAGGCCAUUGGAAACCCGAGGCCGACCAUCACCUGGGCCAGGAAUGGAGAGGAGGUUCAGUUUGGUGACAGGAUUCUCCUGCAGCCUGAUGACUCCUUACAAAUCUUGGCACCAGUGGAAGCUGAUGUGGGUUUCUAUACGUGCAAUGCCACAAAUGCCUUGGGAUAUGACUCAGUCUCCAUUGCUGUCACAUUAGCAGGAAAGCCACUGGUGAAAACAUCACGGAUGCUGAUGGUCAACACAGAGAAGCCCGCAAUCACAGUGGAUAUAGGAAGUACCCUCAAAACAGUCCAGGGAGUGAAUGUGACAAUUAACUGCCAAGUUGCAGGUGUGCCUGAAGCGGAAGUGACUUGGUUCAGGAAUAGAAGCAAACUGGGCUCCUCUCACCAUCUGUAUGAGGGCUCCUUGCUGCUCACAAAUGUGUCCCUCUCCGAUCAAGGCCUGUAUUCCUGUAGAGCAGCCAAUCUUCAUGGUGAACUGACUGAGAACACCCAGCUCCUGAUCUUAGAUCCCCCUCAAGUCCCUACACAGUUGGAAGACAUCAGAGCCUUGCUCUCAGCCACUGGACCGAACCUUCCUUCGGUGCUGACGUCUCCUUUGGGAACACAGCUGGUCCUGGAUCCUGGGAAUUCUGCACUCCUUGGAUGUCCUGUCACAGGACACCCCGCCCCCAAUAUCACCUGGCUUCAUGAUGGCCAGCCCAUUGCCACAGCCACGGGGCUGACACAUCACAUCUUGGCAGCUGGGCAGAUACUUCAGGUUGCAAAUCUCAGCGGAGGAUCUCAAGGGGAAUUCACCUGCCUUGCUCAGAAUGAAGCAGGGAUGCUCACACAAAAGGCAACCCUAGUGAUCCAAGAUUACUGGUGGUCUGUGGACAGACUGCCGACCUGCUCCGCAUCUUGUGGUAACAGAGGGUUUCAGCAGCCCCGCCUGAGGUGUCUGCUGAACCACACUGAGGUGGACCCCGAGCACUGUACAGGAAAGCCACGCCCUGCCGUACAACCUGUUGCCUGUAACCGUAGAGACUGCCCAUCUCGGUGGAUGGUGACUUCCUGGUCCGCCUGUACCCGAAGUUGUGGUGGAGGUGUCCAGACUCGCCGGGUGACCUGUCAGAAGCUAAAAGCUUCUGGGAUCUCCACCCCUGUGUCCAAUGAUUUGUGCUCCCAACUUGCCAAACGACCCGUGGAUACACAGGCCUGUAACCAGCAGCUGUGUGUGGAGUGGACCUUUUCCAGCUGGGGCCAGUGCAAUGGGCCUUGCAUCGGGCCUCGUCUGGCUGUGCAGCACAGACAAGUCUUCUGCCAGACCCGGGAUGGCAUCGCCUUACCCUCCGAACAAUGCAGCGCCCUUCCCAGGCCUGUGAGCACCCAGAACUGCUGGUCGGAGGCCUGCAGCGUACACUGGAGGGUCAGCCUGUGGACCCUGUGCACAGCGACCUGUGGCAACUACGGCUUCCAGUCCCGGCGCGUAGAGUGUGUGCAUGUCCGCACCAACAAGGCCGUGCCUGAGCACCUGUGCUCCUGGGGGCCCCGGCCUGCCAACUGGCAGCGCUGCAACAUCACCCCAUGUGAAAACACGGAGUGCAGAGACACCACCAGGUACUGCGAGAAGGUGAAACAGCUGAAACUCUGCCAACUCAACCAGUUCAAAUCUCGCUGCUGUGGAACUUGUGGCAAAGCCUGAAGACAGGGCAUGGGGAAGAACUCUACCCUGGCCAACCCCACAGGACUCACGCCACCACCUGGGACAGAACUAACGCUUUCUCUGUUUUAUUUAUUUAUUUGCCCCUCCUGCACACACCCACCUCCCACCCCCACCCCCCACCCCUGAGGACCUCAACAUGUUUUCUCUGUCAGUUCGCUGGAGGACAGUGUUGGGAAAGGGAAAGGACAGAUGUGUACAGGAAGUUACAGAGCCUGCCAGGCACCCAGUAGCAACAGCAGCAGCAGCAGCCUUUGGUGGAGGCAACUUUCUCCCAAUGGAGAGCUCAAAGUGACCAAGGAAGAGGAAGCCAUAGGCCCUAGAGACUAGGAGAGCCAGGUGGGGGUGGGGUUGAUGCAAACAGUAGACAACCAGCUGUUUCUUUCCUGGAAGUUAGGCAGAACUGUUGCUCUUUUCACACCUCCUCCCAUUCCUUGGCCAUGGGGAAAUCAAAGGAAAGCACCCCAGGACUCAGUGCUUCUAGGGUAGGAGGAACAUGGAAGAGAAGUCCGCCAUAGAUAGGUAGCAGUAAAGAGGGAGACAUAGCAAGCGUUAGCACAGAGAUGCAGGAAAUCAAGAAAGGAGGGAAAGAACAGAAUCAAAGGAAGUUUGUGUGUGCUCUUCAGUAGUGAGGCAUCAAAGGCAAGGAGGGACUUCCAGGCAGCUGCAUGAGGCUCGCCUGACAGGAGGUGGCACAUGCCUGCACCCCUGUAGGUUCAGUGGAGCUGUGUGGUAAUGUUCAUUCAGAACUUUCUCUGUGUCCACAUUGCACCUCCCCUAAGGUGAAGGGAGAGUCCCCACUCCCCACUCUGGAUGAACUUCCUGCCUGUGCAGAAUCAGCAAAGUCAGCAAAAGUCAGCAUCUGGCCAUGCAGCACGGCCAUCCCUGGCAUCUCUUUAUCUAAAUCAAAGGUCCCCUAGCCCUGAACAAAGUGCUGCUGUGCGCCAGGGGGCAUUCUGAGCAGACAUUGAGUGAGCCUUCUGCCUGAAUGGCUUUUGCUGCUCCACUGGCUCUAGCCAGGGACUGGGGUCCUUUGCUCAAAACUGAUUCAGUAAUGAUUUGCCAGAGCAUCCACUGCGUUUCAUGCCACAGCUGACCAGAGAGUGGAAUAAAAGAAUGGGUUUUGCCCAUGGUGUGCCCUGCCUACCCUACCACCCCUAGAAUCUGCAGGCCCUUCCUGUAGCACUGGAACUACUACUAUACGUGGUGUUUAUACAGCAAAUUGAGAAGAGUGAUAAGGAGCUGUGGUGAAGCCAAAAAGUAGUUAAGGACUCCAAGACUGUCCUGGAAGGCUUUUCAACCUAUCCUCCCACACAAUGAUAUAGUGUACACCUUAUAGUAAUUAUUGUGCCAGAAUUGGACAUUCAACCACUCAGCAGGGAAAGCUGCAUAUAUCCAUUAUGGUAAAAAAAAAAUGGUUACAACAAAGUCAAGCUCAAAACAAAAACCUUGCGAUUACUUUGCAAAUUGUUCAUUCUCCAUAGCAGAUUUCUUAGCAAGUACUUUGUGAUUCCUCCCCAAGUAGUCUCCUUUAGUAAGCUGGGCAGUUGUAGCCAUUUUCCCUCAGAGAAUAUAUAUAUGCUCAUGAAAUGCCACUCACCCCAGGGCCACUAUCAUCAGGACUGCAUUUUCCAGCCAGCCUGGAAGUAAAAUUCAUAAGGAAGACAUUAUUAUUUGUCUCUAGGCAAGCUAUGGACAGUAAAGGGGGUCACUUUUUCUUCAUUACAAGAUAGGCUCUAAGAAAUCAUGUUGCUAAAAUGCAGUGUAAUGUUUAUUUAAAAUAAAAUAGAAUGUUUUCUAUGUAUAUCUUUUGUGAAUAUUUAUUAGGAUGUCUUGUAUAAAAAAAGUGCAAUAUUAAUAAUAAUUGUACAUUGUCAUCCAGAAAAAAAAUAUUGGGGAACCCUUUAAAUUAACUUCCUGCAGCUGUGUUCUUAUAAGCUCAAUGGUGAUAAUUUGUAUCCUUCCUAUUUUUAGAAGUUGGUGUUUAACUCUGGAUCCAUUAUUCACUGUGUACAGAAUACAUUGUAAAAGCUAACACAGGACAUUUGUGACAUAAUAGUUAUGCAUGGAAUGAUGAAGACAAGUUCCAUACUAUUAAUGUGGUUAAUUAUUUCUUGUUCAAUAGCUAUUGGAAAUUGAUGGUCAAUAUUUACAUUUCCUUAGGGGAAAAAAUAGGCAUUUUCCAGCUCUGCCAUGUGUCAGGGUAUAGAGUUGGAAAUGGGUUCCAGAGUGAGUUGGAGAGUCUAGGUUUGGGGUGGAAAGCAGCGUGCUCUUUGCAUGAGUUGAAUGUACAUUUACUGUCUGUUCUGUGAAUUGUGACUCAGCAGUACCACAGAUUAUUAGGGCUGCUGGAUAAAUGUGGAAGGAGGCACUUCCUCCUCUAAACACAAAACUGUAUUUAUA